AUGGUAGGAUUUAGGGGUUUCCUUGCUGAGCUGGUGGCGGGAAGUGAUGCUGGGUCUGCUCAGGGACGCCAACCCCAUGGGACGAGGUACAAGGCCGUGUCCCAGCUGUCUCCGUCCUGGGUGCAAGUCCAGCGGGACCCCUCAGAGGGCUGCCACCGCUCCCGACUGGCACUUGGAGCUGCCUUGCUUUUGCCGGACGCAGCAGUGGGCAGAGCUCCAGAGGCCGUGCCUCGGCACGCAUUGAGAUGUCCUGCGAACGAGGGCGUGGGGAGCCGGCGGGACCACCCCCCUGGCCGGGGCAGGAGGCGGCAGCGGGGGGUGCUGGGGGAUGCUCCCCCGUGGCUCUCCGACGACGACCUCCAGAAGAUGCGGCUGCUGGCCGGCGGGCAGGUGGUUUCCAAAACCCGUGUCCCGGCCCACGGGCAAGUCCUGCGAGUGGGGCUGCGGGCCGUGGGGGAUGCCGAGGGGGACGCCUCGCCAGCCAGCCCGGAGGGGGACUGCUGGGACGGGCGCUGCGGGCUCAUCAAGCGUCCCGGGGACCUCUACGAGGUGCUGGCCUUCCACCUGGACAGGGUGCUGGGUCUGAACCGCAGCCUGCCCGCCGUGGCCCGGCGCUUCACCAGCCACCUCCUGCCCUACAGCUACACCGAUGGCUCCCUGCGACCCAUCAUCUGGUGGGCGCCCGACCUCCGGCACCUGGAGGACGCCAACAACGACCAGAACUCCUGCGCCCUGGGGUGGCUGCAGUACCAGGAGAUGCUGCGGCCCCACAGACCGACACCGGCAGGCAGGGAUGGCCCCUGCUCCAGCAUCGCGCGCGGCGAGUGGAGCCGCCUGGCCCUCUUCGACUUUCUGCUCCAGGUUCAUGACCGCCUGGAUCGCUACUGCUGUGGGUUUCAGCCUGAUCCCUCUGAGCCCUGCAUGGAGGAGAUGCUCCACGAGAAGUGCCGAAACCCGGCGGAGCUGGUCCUGGUCCACAUCCUGGUCCGGAGGAGUGCACCGUCCCGCCUGGUGUUCAUUGACAAUGCGGGCAGGCCACAGCACCCUGAGGAGAAGCUCAACUUCAGGCUUCUGCAAGGCAUAGACAGCUUCCCGGCUGUGGCGGUGGCCACGCUGCGGUCGGGCAGGUUGCAGAGCCUGCUGCUGGAGUCACUGCGUGUGGAUCGGGAGUUCUGGGAGAGCCACGGCGGUGCCAAGGGCCUGAGACCCCUGCUUCAGACCAUCGACAGGCGGGCACGCAUCCUGCUGCAGUACAUCCAGGAGUGCAACCUGACGGUGUUCGAGGACUCGCCGCGCUGA